CUGAGCGAUUUACUAUUCAAAUGUUUGUGGCAAUCAGAGAAUGACAUUCUGGUAACAGGAGACCUCAGGGAGCCGUUCUCCUCUGACCAUCGCGCCUGAAGACAACUGUUUCAGAAGUAGCAGAGCAAAGAUGAAGCUGAGUUUGUUCCUGUUCAUCCUUGUUGGUCCUUGUUGCGUCAUGACAAACCAGCUUCUCCAGUAUCACUUCAUCAAUGAAAACAAGAGUUGGGAUCAAGCCCGGCUCUACUGCAAAGACAACAAUCACACUGACCUGGCCACAGUGAUCAGCAUGGCAGACAUGAACAGACUCAGGCAGCAUUUAGGAAACAGGAGCGCUUGGAUUGGUCUGUACAGAGAAGCUAAUGGCAGCACAAUGUGGCAAUGGUCUCAGCCUGAUGUGCAGUUCAAUGAAAGCCGAGAUAAUGGAUGGGAUACAGACGAACCAAAUGACAAUGGCAUAGAGAACUGUGGGACUUUAAACACCAACAAAAAGUGGGCGGACCUGUCCUGCAACAGAGCAAAACCUUUUAUCUGCUAUGAUGAAAAAACCCCAUCUCAUGUCAUUUAUGCUAACGAGAGUCUGAACUGGACUGAUGCUCAGAGUUUCUGCAGGGACCGUCACACAGACCUGAUCAGUGGACCAGAGCAGAUGAAAAAGUUGGAUGGGGGGAAGACGAAGGAGUUAAUCCAAAAGUCCGAGGGUGGUUUUGUUUUCAUUGGCCUGUUUAGAGACGCCUGGCAGUGGUCUGAUGGGAGCAGCUUUUCCUUCAGGUUCUGGAAUCUGCAGUAUGAUGAUGAGAAAAACGACAGCAGUUGUGCCAUGAUGAAUGAGGGAGGAAGGUGGAGUUCUGAGAAUUGUAGUGAAGAACAUCCCUUCAUCUGCUAUGAUGGUAAGAGGAGUUUGAAAGUGACAGAUCAGUGGAGGAUGUUCAGCUGCUGUGUCUGCAUGUGUAACCCUUGUGCUAUCCAAGAAUGA